UAUUUAUUUAUUUAUUAUAAGAUAUUAUUGGUCUUUCUGGUUUAAUUACUCCAUCGUUGGAUGAGAUGAUUUACGUUGCCAAGGAGAUGGAGAGGGAGGGCUUAAAGAUACCGCUACUGAUAGGAGGAGCUACUACCACAAAGACUCAUACAGCUGUCAAGAUUGCGCCAUGCUACAGUCAGCCCACUAUACAUGUUGUUGAUGCUUCUAAAAGUGUUGUUGUGGUCUCUACGUUACUUGAUGCUACUGCUAAAGAUGAUUUCACUGAUGAUAUUUCUGAAGAAUACACUGACAUUAGGGAAGACCAUUAUGACAGCAUUAAAGAUAAACAGUAUGUCAGUAUUGCAAAGGCUAGAUCAGAAGCACUUGCUCUGAAUAUGAACAGCUAUAAACCUGUAAAACCCAGGCAGUUGGGUAUCACAGUGUUCCAGGAUUACGACUUGAACCGUUUGGUAUCUUACAUUGACUGGAAACCUUUCUUUGACGUCUGGCAGCUAAAGGGGAAGUACCCAAACAGAGGGUACCCUAAAAUAUUCAAUGACAAGGAUGUGGGUGCUGAAGCUAAGCGUAUAUACAUUUGAUGAUGCUCAGGUUUUAUUGAAUCGUAUCAUUAAAGAGAAACUGUUAAUAGCUAGAGGAGUAGUGGGUAUCUUUAAAGCUGUGAGAGAUGGAGAUGACAUCAAGAUACUGUCAGAAGAGAAUACCUAACAAACCAAACAGGGCGUCAACUGUAGAUGUUGCAGCAAAGAGAUCUGCCACGCCCUAGACUAAUCAAUAAAUCACACCUAUUGAUAGUUAGAGAAGAUUAUGAAUGCUAAUAGGAGCAGGACCAAGAGAUAAAUCAAAGACUAAGUAUUACAA